AUGGGCUUGCACGUUUUUUGGCCUGCUUCGGCCUGCCUGACCCUCUUUGUAGUUUGCAUCAUAAUCGUGCUUCUGAAAUACGGCGCACGUUUCUGCAAACUACGACACGAACCAUUACCAUCUGAUCAGGAAUGGGAAGGUAAAGCGUACUCCAGAAAAUUGUCCGCUUCCGUGUGAACGAAUGGCAUUGUCCCGAAAAAGUUUCGUCUAAAGAUUUUUUAUUUUUUAACAAAAAUUACAACAAAUAGCUAAUAAAUUACUGUCGAUUAGAAUUUCCACUACUGUGUAGAUCGGCAUGGAUAUAAAUCAUUUCCAAAAUUUUUAUAAUUAUUCUUUUUCCGGGACACACAUCUCAUAUAUAUUGUAUAGAGACAGUAUUAGUCAUGUAAGAAUGAUCUGACACAUUCCGUCCAUUUAUGCACAUUUGUACUAAUUUUAUAUAUUUUUUUUAUAUAUUAAUAUAUAGACAUAUGAACGUGUAUGUCCUCGGAAAUCAGUGUAAUACCAUUAUUCGAAAAGGAAUUUUUAUAUACUAAAACCAAUUUAAUUAUUUUUAUCUCUAUAACAAGACAUCAUUAUGAGAGAAAAUUAAUUUUAUAUCCGUCCAAAUCUCUCUCUUUUGAUGUCAUUUGAUAUAUCUUUAUUCGAAAUGAUAUAAUAAUAUCGAUAAUCUCGAGCACUUUGUAAUUUUUUGUAUUAAUACUAUUACAAAUAAAAAAUGUAAUGAAAAUCUUUCCAUCUU